AUGACUGCAGCUCCAACAACCACAACAGCCGCACCAACAACCACUACUGCAGCACCAACAAACACAACAGCCGAGGCAACAACCACUACUUCACCUCCAACAACCACAACGACAGCACAAACAACCACGACUGCAGCUCCAACAACAACAACCGCUGUACCAACAUCCACGACUGCAGCUCCAACAACCACAACGACAGCACAAACAACCACUACUGCAGCACCAACAAACACAACAGCCGAGGCAACAACCACUACUUCACCUCCAACAACCACAACGACAGCACAAACAACCACGACUGCAGCUCCAACAACAACAACAGCCGCACCAACAACCACGACUGCAGCUCCGACAACCACAACAGCCACACCAACAACCACAACAGUUGCUCCGACAACCACAACAGCCGCACCAACAUCCACGACUGCAGCUCCAACAACCACAACGACAGCACAAAUAACCACUACUGCAGCUCCAACAAACACAACAGCCGAGGCAACAACCACUACUUCACCUCCAACAACCACAACGACAGCACAAACAACCACGACUGCAGCUCAAACAACAACAACCGCUGCACCAACAACCACAACAGCCACACCAACAACCACGACUGCAGCUCCGACAACCACAGCUGCAGCUCCAACAACCACAACAGCUGCUCCAACAACCACAACACUCCAACAACAACUUCCACCGCACCAACAACCAUGA